AUGACAGCCUUACAAUCCUCUGAGAGGUCAUUGGGUAACGUGGUUGCUGCGGUAAGUCAUGUCUACGAAUGUCCUCCUACUACUUUCCCAUCUUCUUCGCCAUGCGCCUUCUCUCCCGACCCUACUCCUCUACACCCGCCGAUCCAACCCAAGUAUUUCCCUGCCCCCGCCCACUUUGGACUUUAUGAGCAGCCGCCAUCCAUGAGCGGAAGCAGCUCCGAGGCCCACAGAGACGCACCUUCAAUGCACUACAUCCAACUCCCUGCUGUGGAUAGCGAAGGGCCUCCUCAUUUACCGGAGCAUUUUCGCCCUUCUCCUCUCAUUCCUAUCAGACGACCAGGCUCAACAGGAUUAUCGAGAAUGUCUCCUGGCCCACGUUUGCGUAAUAGGAAAUCGCGCACGCUGAGCCCAGGUCCCAGGGGGAAUGCCUACGACGAGCCCGAAUCUGCAUAUCCCCGCGCCCGAGAAGUCAAUAGCAAGGUGCCCUACUUGAACAACACUCUGACCGACGAACAGACCCAUCAUAUGCGCCAUUCUCCACCCAUUCAGCCCGGUGAACAGAACUUCCCAGGGAAGCUACCUUCAUUUUCCGAGUUUCUCAAUACUACCAGAGCAAAUACCCCACCUCACACGCCAUCGUGCCGCAACAGCUCAGCUGCUGGCUCCCCACAAGCGAAGCCGCAUUUCGACGAGGUAGCGUGGGUCGACGGGAAGCGCAGGCGCGUCGACACACUUGGAGACAUCUAUGCACGCCCCCCCGCCGAGCGACCGCCUGUCGAUCCCCGGCGUAUGAGUAGUGCUAUCGAUCCUGCUCUUGUCAACUACGGCUCUUCUCAACUUGGGCAGCACAGAGGAGCGCAAGGACCAGUGCCUGUGCAUCAUCGUCCGAGUCACUCUUUUCCGCCUCCCCCGCACCGAUCAAUUCAAUCAGGUGCACAAUUUCGUCACCAGUCAACCCCGCCAGUUUCUCAAGGCAGCACAAUCUAUACGCAGCAAACCCCACGCCAAAGCACAAUCGCCCAAAGUACCUACCCUCAAUCCAUGGUACCACAGGGUGCAAUGUACGAUCAUAGGCCCAGCUACUACCAGGAACCGCAAGGCGGAGCCUACGGAUACGAGAGAUCGCACGACUCGUACUAUAAUCAACCAUCUUACCCAGGCCCGCCUCAACCAAGCCACGAUAACGUGUACGGGGACAGCUUUCGCUUCCAAACCCAUGUCGGCAUAGAUCAGAACUACAACAGAAAGCGCCGGGGCAACUUGCCAAAGGACGCUACGAACACACUCAAGGAAUGGUUCGCCGCUAAUCGAGCAUCUCCGUAUCCCACCGAAGAUCAAAAGCUUGAGCUGUGCGACCGGACCGGGUUGAGUUUAAAUCAGGUGUCCAACUGGUUCAUCAAUGCCCGCCGUCGAGCCCCACAAAAGGAGCUGCGUGAACGCGAGGCCAAUAACCCAGAGACCUAA